UAAAAUCUAAAAUCCCCAAAUCGGAAAACCCUAAACCUCAAAUCUGACAGCCAUGAGACCUCUCGACGAAAAAGAAACUACCAUCGUCUUCGAGAAGUUGCACAAAUUCGUCGGAAACAACAUCAAGAACAUCGUCUUGGAAUCGGAGUCGCACGAGGGACCAGAUCCGAACCCCGGCCGGUACUGUUUCCGGCUCCAGAAGAACCGCGUCUACUACGUCUCCGAAUCGCUAGUCAAAAGGGCCACCAACAUCAAGCGCGAGAAGCUGGUUUCACUCGGCACUCAAAUCGGAAAACUAACGAAAUCGGGGAAGUUUCACCUGACAAUCCAGUGCUUGAAUUUGUUAGCUGCUAAUGCUAAGCAUAAGGUGUGGCUGAAGCCAACUUCGGAGAUGAGUUUUCUGUACGGAAACAGUGUUCUGAAGGGAGGAGUGGGGAGAAUCACCGAGAACAUACAAGUGAAUGACGGUGUGGUCGUUUACUCGAUGACGGAUGUCCCGUUGGGAUUCGGUGUUGCUGCGAAGAGUACGGUGGACUGUAGGAAGAUGGAUCCGAAUGGGAUUGUGGUGCAUCGCCAUUCGGAUAUUGGGGAGUAUUUGAGAAUGGAGGAUGAUCUCUAGGAUGGAUUGAUUCUACAUAAUUUUGGUAUCCAAAACUGGUGCUUACUGGUAAAAAUCCUUGUUACUGUCUUGAAUUUUGAGCUAUAGUUUAUUUCAUCAAUGCUGAUGAUUUGCAUGAUAUAGUUGCCAUUGAUGGAUACUGUCAUUUACACUGCCUGGGAGAUUAAAUUGGUUUGGUUUAAUACAUGUGUUGUGUUAUGUAUAAUUA